AUGUCUCAAUCAAUGAAAGGAUUCAACCUGACCAAACUCUCGGAAGGAAAUGCUCAUUUUGGAGAGCAAGUUGGCAAUCAGCUCUAUGAAGAUUAUCUCCCAUCGUUGAUGGCUACCCAACUUAAUUGUGCUAAAUAUUUUGAUCUUAAAGUUGAUGAUGAAAAGACAAAGAAUGAUCCAGAAAGAACACACAUUUCCGAAAGUGAAUAUAUGAAAUCAGUUACAGGAUGUAUUGCUGAAAGUUUAUGUCCAAAGACAUUCAGUGAACAAAAUAAGAGUAACAAGGAUUGUGUAUCAAAGCUGAUUCAAAUGAAUGCUGAUUGGAAAGCAAACGUUCCUCAAGAUAAAGAAGUACAAUUCAAAAAGGAUCUCAAAGAUUGCAUGACAGAGGUAAAGAAAUGUGCAGCAGAAUUUAUUUUGCACGGAAGCUCUGGAAACUAAGCAUAAUGUACAUUAUAUUUGUAAAUAUAAAAAUCAUCCACGUGUAUGAUGUGGCUAUCAUUUAACUUGAUAACUAAGGAAACCUCUUCUUUCCAAAAGACAAAACCUCAAUGGCUUCUCACUCCAAUCAUCAGCAUAAUCAAUAUUAAUUCUGGGACAGGCCGCUAAUGUAAAGUUUCCAAAUUUGAACGAUUUUACAUCAGUCCUAGUGUAGGGAAUUAGUUCAGGCUCAAAAUCUUCUAAAAAUACUGUUUCCGAACUCUUUAGAUCAACUCCAUCAAAUUCCUCCCUAGUUAAAUUCAAAGCAUGAGAAAUUCUAGCUGGUCCAGAACAAACAUUAUGAAUGAUGAUAUUAUUUGGAUUGAUUUGAGAUUUGGGCGAUAACAAUUGAUUCAUUGUAAUUCUAUUUUGUUUCAUUUCCUCAAAUCCUUCAAUUGGUUCAAUUGCCCUAAUCAAUACUGCAGCUCCACUCUCAUUACUAGUUAUAUUGAAACAAUCAUUGUGUCCCUUAAAUGAUUUAUAGAUAUAGGAAUGACCAUAUGGCAAGUACAUGUUCCUAUUCUUUUCUGUUUGUUUACCUUCAUAGGUAUGAGAAGCCUUGUCCAAUACUCCUAGAUAGGCCUCUUUGGUUCAUGAACAAUAAUUCAAAACAAAUAAUUAUAAUUUGUUUUCAUUCCAAUAUAAACUCACCAACCUCUACAAUCAUGCCAGACAAUCGUUUAUCUCCAUCAAUUCUAACCAACAACUUUCCGAUGAGUUGUUUUGCCAAUUCCUCACAUCCUCUAUUGUAAAAUUCAGCAUCCACUCGUUUUGAUCCAUCACAACUACUAUCCUGCAUGAUUUGUUCGAUUAAAUUAUUACUACUAUUAUCAAAUGAUUCGUUUGUACUGGCCAUCACACUGAGGUAGUAGUACCUUC